AUGAAAAUAAGUUUCGGGUUACCGAAAGCUGGAAGCAGGCAGCAAUCUGCCGCUCGUACGGCUGCUCCGGCCGCAUCGCAAUUUUUUGACUCCGAUGCUCCAUCUGUGCCACUCGUGAGGCGUUCAAAGGUCACAGAAAUCACGAAUGGGCGUAUGAGAGUGGAAUCUGAGGGAGCAAAUGGAGAGAAAUUGCUUGUGAAUAUCACUACCGACGGUCAAUGUGUUAUACCCUGUAGUAACCGUUUGGAUGACGUAGCUGCCAACGAUACAGAUGAACGGAAUAUAGAGAAGCAAGAGCCUGUAGAGUUAAAAUAUGGGCUAAAUCUGUUGCCUAAUACGAAAAUUAGAACGAAAUCUGUCCCUGCUGAUAGCUCAAGGAGUCCAAAAGUGGACGUUGCAGGUAGCCCUGCGUGUUCGAGCGUAGAUGUGGAUGCCACGACGGCAAGGAAACAGGGUGUUGCCGACACUCUGCUAGUUAACAACCCUGCUGACAGUGAUUGUGCAACCUCGUUGCAGGAGGCAACUACAAGCGUACCUACGUCGAGUCAUGGAGACUCUGAGCCCGCACAACCGACCAGUGAUGCUGAGGUUGCUAAACUGAUACUUCACGAUUUGGAACAGCAGAAACUACGAGAAAAGUUGUUUGGCACUGAUCUCGUUGAGCAAGCGACUAAAACCGUUCCUAUCCUUUUAAGAAACAAGGAUCAGCGCGAUAGGCAAGAGGAAGCAGAUAGCGAUGAUGCGCCAUCAUAUGAAAAGGUUGCUGUGGACCAAUUCGGCCUUGCUAUGCUUUUGGGUAUGGGAUUCGACCCCCAAAACAACACCAACAAGCCUAAGGAGUAUAAAAGGCGAGCUUAUGAUCGAGCUGGUUUAGGUGCGGAUGCACAUAUGAAGCAGAAUAUGGAGACUCUGACCAACACUAGCAUGAUGGCUAAACUUAAGAAGGAUCAGAUGUACCACCAGUCUCACGAUGCUGCGAGUCCUGGAAAUCUAUCCUCAACUUGGGUAUUACGAGGGCUUUAUGUACGAGUUGUCGAACGUGGCCAUCCCUAUUUCGGGCAGAAGGGAGUCGUCAUACGUGUAGAGGAUAAAGCGGUGACGCUUGACAUAGAUGGCAAAUUGGUGAAUGUAUCACCAAAGGGUGUGGAGACAGUUGUAUCGCUCGAUGCGACCAAGUGUAAAGUCGUCCGUCAAAUCGCAAGGCAUAACGAGAAGUUUUAUAUACCUGUUGCUACUGUAGUACAAGUAUUGAAUGUUACCAAGACUUAUGCGAAGAUAGUUUUUCGCGGUAACAGCUUCAGUGUAUCAUUAGAUGACAUAUGCGAAGGCGCAAGCCAUGGUGGAGGUUCUACGCUGGCCAAGCGUAGGUACAGCGAUGUUGCACGGGGUGUUAACAGUACAGUGAUGCGUGUUUGUAGCCUUUGGUCCCGUAGAGAACCCAGGGUAACUGCAGGUGUUCCAAGGUUUGAUAAUGACCUUAUGUUACUAGCCGCUAGGCACCUAGGAUUAUCAGAUUCCGAACAUCUAUGGAGGCUCUCACCGCAGAGGAACUCAGGAAAGCUGCCAAAUGUAGCCAGUCAAACCCGUAUUGUCUAUCAAGAUGGAGUUGCUGGUGAUCGUGAUGGUAACCAAAAUGACAUCUGGUUAGGUCACGCAAGGUUCAGAGGUUACAUCACUAUCAGUCUUAAUGGGCCUAGUGGCUGUGGAGCUGUAGACUGGUGGAGGUCACUGGGUGGCUCCACAGAUGGCGUUUCUGAGGUAAUGCGUAACGAUGUGGAGGCAGAUUCUUCAUCCUGUGAACCAGAAGGUGAAGAUACCUCGUUACCUGACACUACCAUCUUCGUCUAUCCAUACGUACGAAGAAAUUCGCAAGCGGUUGUGGAUACUUUGUAUAAAUAUCGUGCUGUUUUGGAGGAACUGGAUGUUCGUAGCUUGGUAUACGUAUGCGGUGCUACGGGUAGUAGCAGGGCACUGCGUCUUAUGGGUCAUAUCCUUCGUGAAAACUGUAAAGGACGUGAAACUCCAAGCGCGAUACACCGUGUAGAGGAACAUGCAUGGCCGUGGAUGAACCAUACAUCGGAGGAUCAAGGGGUGAGGUUUGAUUUGCCUCUAGUAUUGGACGCACUUGCUAGUGCCGCGAUAAUACAGUACACCUUUGAAAAGGAGAGUUUUAUAUACGAUCAUAUCGCGUCCGAACUGCAGAAGCUAGAUGCUAAGGUUAAGGAAUCUGAAGAGUCACCUUGUGAGGAACUGAAGUCUCUAGAUGAAGCGAUACUUACCCGAGCUGUGAACCUCCUGAUUCUUAAGCGAAACUUUUCGCAGCUUAAUUGUGACCAUAUUCGGGUGUUUAGCGAUUUUAUUUGUGACCGUUUGCAUAGGAUCGAACCAAAGAGUAUUGCCAAUAUAUCAUUCUCACUGGGACAUUCCAAGCACCUUGAUGAAUUUUGGAUGUUCAUGAUGGCUAAACGUAUACAGGACAACCCACAUGAAUUUGGACCUGAUGAAAUCGCUGCCAUUAUGGACGCGUAUAGUAAUGCGUGUUUAGAGGAUCAUGAAUUUUAUGCUGUGCUGUGCCAGCAGGUAGCACGUAAUUUUGAUAAUCACAGCGUAGCACACCUUACUGUUAUAUUGAGGGCGCUUGCACGUGUAAGAGUGAGGGAUGAGUGGCUGCUUGGAAAGACACUUGAGCGGUUGUCCAAACAUUUGAACGCACUCGAUGGGAGCGCCCACGACAAUUCUGCAGGUCGUGAAGUUGCUUAUAUAACUGCUAAUUGUAUAGUAGCAGCUGGGGACCUUGACUAUUCUGGUGAUUGUAAUUUUGAUGGUAUGUGGAGGCUGCUUACCGCUAGGAUUAGACAAUCUUCUUUCGACAUAUGUGCCAUUAACUGGUUACCGCUUGCAGCAAUGACAUUUGCCAGCAGGACUACUCUGCAAACGUUCAUGCCAGUAUGGCUGAGGCAUGUUUCCCACACUAUACCAAAGUUAAGGUCCAAGUCAUUCGUCUUGACGAUACAACGGAGGCAUCAUCUCGUCAGGCAUGUGUUUAAACUCGGGAUAUUGCCACCACAACUACUACCGAGACACGCUCAGAAGGUGCUUGAUGACAUAUGCGAUCGCGAAUAUAUAACUGGGAAAGUUCCCGAAGAUUAUGUUCCGGAAAGUUCGACAUUUCACCUUGAAGUAUGUGCCUGUCUUCGAGCAUUGGAUGUAGCUCAUCAAAGGGAGAUUAAUAUAGUGCCGUUCGUCAUGGACAUUGUCGUGCCACCGAAGAAGGAAUAUCGAAUUAAGUCACCACAAAUUUGUGAAGCCCACAGACUCUCUGAUAAAGCACGUAGCGGACAGAUCGACGAGCUUAUAAUAAUGGAUGAAAUCCAUUUGUAUCGCAACAAGCAUCACCAGGCUUAUCUACAGCGGAAAAAUGCCGCAGCGCAGUCAAACACCCAGAGUACUGCAAGCCAAGUACAACCAACACCAAUCCGUAACACUGAGUUGCCACCGGAGCCUGUGAAUAACGAUGACGUUGCUGUAAAUGCUGCUGAUUUCCUUAAGGAGGUGGAUGUGCAGGAUUAUGGUUCAUAUGAGGCUUUCUGCAACGAAGGUGAUCCGCGCUACGAGUCAUCAGUAGCCUUAGCUCGCAGCUUACAGGAGGAACUGAACGCUCACAUGUCACAUGACGAUCACGUGCGCGCUCCCGACGACACUUACCAAGAGUGUAUGAUAGCCUCGGAUGCCGAGGAUAAUGAGCUGCAAGCAGCGAUAGCGAAGUCACUUAUCGAGAUGUAG